AUGGACCGCCAAGUAUCAAAUAUAUCCUCGGGCGAGUUCAAGAAGAAGCAUCACCCCAAGGCCUAUACGGUCUUCAUAUGCAUAUGCAUGAGCUUCGGAUCUGCAUCCAUGGGCAUGGCUGCCUCUGUUAUCAGCACGACGCUCGGUCAGCCGUCUUUUGUCAAGAAAAUGGGUUUGGAUGGUCCCCAUGGCCAAUCCAUAGAGGGUGCCAUGAACAGUCUCUUCUAUACCGGCGGCGUUGCAGGUGCUAUCUGCCACAGCUAUGUAGCAGACAAAUUUGGCCGUAAGGCAUCUAUAGCCAUGGGGUCAUUGAUAGUCCUCAUCUCUCAGGCCCUCCUGUGUGGGUCUGUUAAUGCUGCCAUGUUCAUCGUAUUCCGUUUCUUCUCCGGUUGGGGAUCCUUCCAAAACAUCUGCGGUGUUCCGCUCUGGAUCAGCGAGAUCGUGCCUCCACGAAAUCGUGGCAUGCUAGCUGAUAUCCACGCCAUCUUCAUCAAUAUCGGCUACACUACCAUCGGCUUUGUUGGGGUAGGCUUUUACUACUAUCAGUCAAAAAACUCAUGGCGUGGUCCCCUAGGGAUAACAAUAUUUCCACCUUUUGUCUUACUCUGCAUCAUCAACUGGUUGCCAGAGUCUCCACGUCAUCUCAUUUCCAAACACCGACAUGAAGAGGCAUGGGCAAUCAUUCACCGGUUACACUCCGAUCCCAGUGAUUCGACGGAUGAGUUUGCAAAGCGCGAGUACUAUCAAAUAUGCAAACAGAUCCACUUCGACCGAACAUUGAAGACUGGUUACUGGGAAAUCCUUAAGCGGCCUUCAUACAGGAAGCGUGCGUUGAUAUCAAUGGCCCUUGCUUUCUGCAUCAUGAGCGACGGAUUGAUUACUAUUCAAAAUUAUGGUGUUAGCCUUUACACCGGUCUGGGCUACACUGGCGUGGACUCCUUACUAUUUCAGGCCGGCUAUACAGCAUGCUCACUCCUAACAAGCAUCAUUGCCAUGACAUAUGUUGACCGCAUCAAGCGGAAUUGGCUUAUGGCUUGUGGCUUCGCAGGCUGCACUGUGGCAUUGACCAUUUAUACCGCUCUGGUCAAGAACUUUCUUGGUACAACGAACACGGCAGGUCAGUCGGCAGCCGUGGCCAUGCUCUUUAUAUUUGUUAGUUCUUUUGAGCUAGGUCUGGACGGCCCCGAAUUCUUCUAUCAAGCCGAAAUCUGGCCGAGCCAUCUGCGGGCACAAGGAAUGACCAUAUUCAUGAUAGUGUACAACGCCGUCAACAUCUGCUGGCUUCAGGCUGCACCCACAGCAUUCGCUAAUAUCGGCUGGCACUACUACAUCCUGUUCAUCAUUUUUGCCUUCAUGGGUGUCGUGGCUGUGCUGCUGUGGUUCCCGGACACGCUGCAUAAGCCCCUAGAAGAAAUUGCGGCUAUGUUCGGAGAUGACGAUCUGGUCGUCAUCUAUCAGAAGGACCUGGACAAUGCCCAGAUUCCCCUCAAAACUAUCGAGGAGAUCAUUCCCGGAAUGGCCGCUGCCAAAAAUGUUGGGACAGAGUCGGAGAAGGAUGGUUUGCAUGGCAAGGUGACAGAAGCGGAAAGUAUCUCUGUGUGAAACAUGACGGAUAACAUGUUGGGCUCAUCGCUUUUGUUCAAAAACCCAAAAGUCUGCUAUUUUUGACAACUGGUAAAUUAAAAGUUGGCUUGCUUUUUUGACACAAGAAUGAAAAAAUUGAUAUUACCG